UCACAGUCUCAGGAUAUCAUUGCUCGGUACAACCAUGAAUGAGUAACCUCUAGUUUAACCUGACAUUACAUUAUUUCGCAAGCUGUCAUGUGGUUUAUCUAGCGGUCUUGGACAUUAGUUCAUUAGUGCACUAUUACUUUAUAGUCAGUAAACGAACUUUGAACUUCUUGGCAAUACUCAUGUUCAAGAGAAUCAUAUACACCGCGACGCAAUAGGAUUGCAUAUCAGAAAAUUGAACAAAAUGUCAAAGCAAAGUGGAUUUCAUGUCGUCACCCCGCUUCUCGAGAGCGCGGGCAUGUCUAAGCGGAUGGGGACCACCGUGUUUCUGAAGAUGGAGAGCUCACAACCCACCGGUUCCUUCAAAAUCCGUGGAAUAGGAUACAUGUGUCAAAAUGUUGCAAGUUCAAACAAGUCGAGAGGUGUCAUUUGUUCUUCUGGUGGUAAUGCUGGUAUGGCCACAGCAUAUGCAGCAAGAAAACUCAACCUGCCAGCCACUAUUGUUUUGCCCUCAACGACACCCCAACUGGUAGCUCAAAAACUUAAGGACCAAGGAGCUACAGUCAAAGUUGUGGGCAAGGUGUGGGAUGAUGCAAAUGCUGAGGCCUUACGAUUAGCAGAAAGUGAAGGUCUUACUGUAAUACACCCGUUCAACCAUCCUCUGGUCUGGAAAGGUCAUUCCAGCAUUGUGCAUGAACUCAAGGCCUCACUGCCAUCCAAACCUGGAGCUAUAGUGCUUUCGGUAGGGGGUGGAGGUCUGUUUUGUGGGGUGAUGGAAGGGCUGCAUGAGGUAGGCUGGGGUAAUGUGCCUGUCCUGUGCAUGGAGACCGUGGGUGCCGACUGUCUAAAUGUUGCCCUGAAAUCCAGAGAUCUGGUCACACUGCCUGACAUUACAAGUGAAGCAACGUGUUUAGGAGCAAAAACGGCAUGUCAGCAGGCGUUUGAGUACAGCAAACGGCCCAAUGUCAUUUCAGAGGUGGUGACAGAUCUACAGGCCCUGGAGGCAGUGGAACUGUUCCUGGAUGAGGAGCGUGUGUUGGUGGAGUUAGCCUGCGGAGCAUCAUUGGCUGCAGUAUACAGCGGAGUCAUUCAGAGGUUACAGGAGGAGGGACGCCUUCCUAAACCGCUCGACCCACUGGUAAUGAUUGUGUGUGGGGGUGGCAGUGUGAACCUGGCUCAGCUUCGACAUCUACAGGCAGUCAUACGGAAAUGACCACAUCUGUACAGAGAAAAAUGGUCAAUGCAUCUGCUUUGAGUAGCGCUGACAUGUUGUGUUGUGUUGCAUAAAUCAAAAGAUGAUAUGGAUAAUCUGCUGUAUUUCAAACAGCUGAGAGUAAAUUGCUUUCCAAAACUAUUCUUUGGAUUUUCUGUAACACCUUGUUUUAGAGCUGAUUGUGUAAUAAAAUCCUUUGACGGAGCAAAAUGAUGAUGUUACUUACCACCUAUAACCAGCAGGUGGUGCUAAUGUCUGUCGUUUUGAUAUGUGUUGCUUAGCAAGUGAACAUUAAGGCAAGACACUUCAGGCUAAAUUUUUUUUUUUUUUUUUAUGCACUGAUACGUUUUGAGAUUUUGGGUUGUUUGGAUAUUCAUAGAGUGUUGUUUCAGACUUGUGGAAAGAAAACAUCCAAAGUAUCAAUUUAAAUGCAUUUUAUUUUAUAGUUAGGGGGGUUAGAGAGUCAGACUGGUAACCCAAAGAUUGUGGGUUCAGUUCUCAAUACCGGCAGGAAAUGAUUGAGCUGCCCUGGAGCAAGGCACCUAACCCCCAAUCACUCCCCGGGCGCCACAGCAAUUGCUGCCCACUGCUCCGGUGUGUGUGUGUGUGUGUGUGUGUGUGUGUGUG